AUGGAUGAAGGUGGUGCUAAACCAGUGUGCGCCCAAGAAGCUCUCGAUCUGCUAAAUUGCGUCGCACAAUCUCCGUCGUAUGAUAAAGAUAAAUGCCUCGCCCUUAUGAACUCGUUGCGCGAGUGUGUUCUCGCCAAGAAAGUGAAGAAAUUUUCCCUAGCUGGCCAGGAACAACAAGAAACUAAUCCAAGCAACAAGAAGUCUUAA